GGGCAAGACGACUUCUCGGCCAUCAGGGACCAGUACUACAGGACGGGCGAUGGCUUCCUGUGCGUGUACUCCAUCAUCCUCCGCAGCAGCUACGACGAGGUCAAGAUCUUCCACAGCGCCAUCAAGCGCGUCAAGGACAGCGGCAGCCGGAUACCCUUUGUCCUCGUCGGCAACAAGACGGACUUGGAGGACGAGAGGAAGGUGACAAAGGAGGAGGGCGAGGAGUUGGCCAAGCAGCUCAAUGCGCAGUUCAUGGAGGCCUCGGCGAAGAAGAAGAUCAACGUCGAGGAGAUGUUCAUCACGCUUGUGCGCGAGGUGAUGCAGGCGAGGAAGGAGGCCGGACCGCCGGUCGAGAAGUCCGAUAAGAAGAAAAAGAAGAAGAACUGCAGCCUUGUAUAG